GGGGAGGGGCCGGCAUCACGCUCGUAAUCCGGGCGGCCCAGGUCGGGGCUGUGGGCGCGAGGGCCGCCGCCCACGGGGUCCCGACGCCGAGCGCCUCAACCCGUCGCGCUCGCCCGUGGCCCCGAGGCCAGCGUCCGCCCUCCGGGUCCGGCCUCCAGACAGAGGCGGGGCCGAGGUUUCCUCGGCUGGACCCGCGGGAGUCCCGGGUCUGGGUUCCGAACCCAGCGGGUGCCGCGGCUCCACGCGGGGCCUCCAUCGCCGCCAGCGAGCCAUGUUCCAGGCUGCAGGAGCCACCCAGGCCACCCCCUCCCACGAAGCCAAAGGUGGCAGUGGCAGCAGCGCGGUUCAGCGCUCCAAGUCCUUCAGCCUUCGCGCCCAGGUGAAGGAGACCUGCACUGCCUGCCAGAAGACCGUGUACCCCAUGGAGCGGCUGGUGGCCGACAAGCUCAUUUUCCACAACUCUUGCUUCUGCUGCAAGCACUGCCACACCAAGCUCAGCCUGGGCAGCUACGCGGCGCUGCACGGAGAAUUUUACUGCAAACCCCACUUUCAGCAGCUGUUUAAGAGCAAAGGCAACUACGACGAAGGCUUCGGCCGGAAGCAGCACAAGGAGCUCUGGGCCCACAAGGAGGUGGACCCCGGCACCAAGACAGCCUGAGGCCCCUCUCACCAUCCACUCCCUCCUCCUUCCGUCGAGGGCCUGGAGCAGGCAGCGGGCAGGGUGGGAGAGAGGUUGGACCGGGCCCCGGCGGGGUCAGGGUGGGAAGGGGAUGAGGCCGUCUUGCUCGGGCAGAGGGUCUUGGGGGCAGGGCUCUGCUUCGGGAUUCCUUCCUUCUCCCUCAGUGGGUGGGGGGGUUAGGGAACCAGGACUGGGCUUUGCUCACCAGCCCGCUUCCUGCUGCUUCCAGCCUACCCCACCUUACCCCACGGCCCCCUGGGAAGGCCCCCCAACCCAGCUUCCCUAUCUAGGUGCCUUUUCUCCAGCAAGGAGUCAGCAUGCCCCCCUCAGGGUCCCAAGCUCCCUCACUGCCACCCAGGGCCCUGUGUGGCCCCCACAUCUCCCCAUCUACCUCUGCCCUUAGCCUGGUCCUGAGCCAUGGAGACUGCAGGAAGGUGAGCCAGGAUGCCCCCUGCUGGGUCUCUCCAAAUGCCCACCAGGACCCAGUGGGGGAGGGGAGGGAAAGUGGAAGAGCCCCGCCCUCCUCACACCCCCCCCCCCCCCCAGGCGAGGCAGGGCAUGCCCAUUAGGGCUUGGGACCAUCCCACACCACGGAAGCGGCAGAAGCUAAAGCACCGGCCAGGCUGAGAGCCACAGAGACUGGUGGGGAGCUGGCAGGGUCACGUUCCCCUCUUCUCCCAUUUCUGCCGGUUUUGACUGUUGUAAUCAACCCUGUUUUAAACACGUUUCAACAGA